AUGGUGAGCCCGGGGCGGCCGCUCCCCGCGGGGACCCGGCAGGCGGCCUCUCUGCUCCGCCUCAGCCUCCUCCUCCUGCUGCUGUUGCUGCUGCUGCUGCUGCCGCGGGGCACCGGGGCGCAGAAAGGUGAUGGAUGUGGACAUACCAUUCUGGGCCCUGAAAGUGGAACUCUUGCUUCGAUAAACUACCCACAGACCUCUCCCAAUAGCACAGUUUGUGAAUGGGAAAUUCGUGUAAAGCCUGGGCAGCGAGUUCAGCUCAAAUUUGGUGAUUUUGAUAUUGAUGACUCAGAUUCUUGUCAUUCCAGUUAUUUAAGAGUUCACAAUGGGAUUGGCCCCACCAGGACAGAGAUAGGAAAAUACUGUGGGUUUGGCUUUCAAAUGGAUGGUUUAAUUACUUCAAAAAGUAAUGAAGUCACAGUACAGUUCAUGAGUGGAACACACACUUCUGGACGUGGAUUUCUUGCAGCUUAUUCAACCACUGACAAAUCAGACCUAAUUACCUGUUUAGACAAUGCAAGUCACUUUUCCGAACCAGAAUUCAAUAAGUAUUGUCCAGCUGGAUGUGUGAUUCCUUUUGCUGAUAUUUCAGGCACUGUUCCCCAUGGAUACAGAGAUUCGUCAUCACUUUGUAUGGCUGGUGUUCAUGCAGGCGUUGUGUCAAAUACUCUGGGUGGCCAAAUUAACGUUGUAAUCAGCAAGGGCAUUCCGUACUAUGAAGGCUCCCUGGCUAACAAUGUCACCUCAAAAGUGGGACCGUUAUCUACAAGUCUCUUCACAUUUAAGACGAGCGGUUGCUAUGGGACACUGGGGAUGGAAUCUGGGGUAAUCCCUGAUUCCCAGAUCACGGCAUCAUCUAUUCUUGAGUGGUCUGACCAAACAGGACAAGUGAACAUUUGGAAACCUGAAAAUGCAAGACUAAAAAGGGUUGGUCCUCCUUGGGCUGCUUUUAUCAGUGAUGAACAUCAGUGGUUGCAGAUUGACUUGAAUAAAGAAAAGAGAAUAACAGGUAUUAUAACUACUGGAUCAACCUUAGCAGAGUACUACUAUUACGUCUCAGCCUACAGAAUUUUAUACAGUGAUGAUGCACAGAAAUGGACAGUAUACAGAGAACCUGGCAUGGAUAAAGAUAAGAUAUUUCAAGGGAACACUGAAUUGUACCAGGAAGUUCGCAAUAAUUUCAUUCCACCUAUUAUUGCACGCUUUUUUAGGAUUAACCCCUUAAAAUGGCACCAGAAAAUUGCAAUGAAAGUAGAAUUACUAGGAUGUCAGUUUAGUAUAGGCCGUGCUCCUAAAAUCACCAUGCCGCCACCACCUCGGAACGACGACAAGAAUGAUGACUUCAGUGAUGACUUCAUUCAUUCAGUGAAGACUUCAUUGCAGACAGAUAAAACAACUUUCACACCUGAAAUAAAAAACACCACAGUGACUCCAAGUGUAACCAAAGAUGUGGCAUUGGCAGCAGUUCUGGUUCCAGUGCUGGUGAUGGUCUUCACUACUCUGAUUCUUAUCUUAGUUUGUGCGUGGCAUUGGAGAAACCGCAAGAAAAAAACUGAGGGCACUUAUGAUCUGCCUUACUGGGAUCGUGCAGGAUGGUGGAAAGGAAUGAAGCAGUUUCUCCCGACCAAAUCAGCGGAACGUGAAGAAACUCCCGUACGCUACAGCAGCAGUGAAAUUAGUCACCUAAGACCAAGAGAAGUCCCAACAAUGCUGCAAACAGAGUCUGCAGAGUAUGCUCAGCCGCUGGUAGGGGGAAUUGUUGGCACGCUUCAUCAGAGAUCAACCUUUAAACCAGAGGAAGGAAAAGAAGCAGGUUACGCCGAUUUGGACCCUUACAAUUCACCCAUACAAGAAGUUUACCAUGCUUAUGCUGAACCACUACCUAUAACUGGACCAGAAUAUGCAACUCCAAUAAUCAUGGACAUGUCCAGCCAUCCCAGCACACCUCUUGGCGUUCCUUCCAUUUCCACCUUCAAAGCUGCAGGGAAUCAACCUCCUCCACUGGUUGGAACUUACAAUAAACUCUUGUCUAGGACAGACAGCACGUCAUCAGCACAGGCGCUGUACGAUACACCAAAGGGGCAACCGGGGCCAGGUGCCGCUGCCGAAUUGGUGUACCAGGUACCACAGAGUGUGGCCCAUUCCACUGGCAGUAAGGAUGAAGUAAGGUAGAAUGAUGGCUUGUUUUUAAAAGCCACUUCCAUAAAGCUGACAGCUUUGUUUUUUAAUUGCAUUGUUUUGAUAUUGUUAGUCUUAAAUAACACAAUGUUAAACCAAAAGAUGUGGUAUUGGAGGUCUGGGAAACAAGUAAUUCUGCCUUUCCUUAAGCUGUAUAUAUAAUUACAGCUUGUCUCCUGCAAAACCGUGGACUUCUUUAUUACUACUGUACAAUUGGCUGUCAGACAUGAGAGAAGAACUCUUCAAGAUUAGCUUCAGUAAUUCAGAGAUGUGAAUGAUAAAUUGGGAGAAACAGUUUAAAGUACGAAAGCCAAUAAUUUCUUGCUAAUGGUACUAUUUCUAGGGGGGGGAAAAAACCCCAAAACCCAAAGCUCCUAAGUUUCUAAGAUCUAUAUGUAAGCACUAUAGUUUCUAAAAUUCAUUUUACCCUAUAAAAUGCCUGCACAACUUUGGAGUAUCAGGACUGAUGGCAAAAAUCCCAUUAACUUCACGGCAUAAAAUAGUUUUGAUUCUAAAUUAUGUUAUUUCAGCUUCUGUUCACAGGAUUAGGAAUCAUCAGCUGUGUGUUCCUCAGAAGGUUCCCACCAUUUUUGUUAGCUUUCCAAAACUAGAAUCUGCUGUCUGUACUCUGCCUCAUCUGCUGAAGCCACUCAUCUUGUUCCUAGGGAUGCAGGAGGCACAGACUAAAAGAAGUCACACAAGCAAACUACGUGGCAACUGCUUUUACAUUUUCCCUACUAAGGGAAGGCUACUCUGAAUAGCAUCUGCCUCGAAUUCAGACUUCCCUGAUGGUCAAUGUGCAAGAAGCAUCCAGGUGUUCGAGGUGACUGAAUUCAGAAAGGUUCUCCCUGUCCCACUGCCCCGCCCCUGCCCCCGAGUAUCUGUUGUUGUGUGUUAAGAUGUGAGCAUAUACAAAGAAAGAUAUGUACAUACUUUUGUGAGUGCUUAAGGAAGCACACAAAUAUUCUAAUGGUGCACAGUCUGUGUUAUACACGCAUUUAGCACAUAUGGUACCUUUUAGCACAACUGAAAAAUGUUAACCUUAGGGCUUUUCUUAUGAUUGUUCUUAUUAGAAGUAUAAAAGAUUCCAAAACCUUUGCAAGAGAACCAGUACUGUUCCAAAGAGUGUCCAUUUCAGAAGCGUUUAAUGGAAUUUGUAUCCUUUGAAUGUUCCAGUGUUCUCUCCUAUGAAAACAUUGCAGUCAGUCUUCUAUUUGGAAUAAUGUAGACUAGUUUCAGCUACGUAAUCAUGAAAUGAAAACAACUUGGAUGUCAUAUUUGCCAUUUUUUAUCUUGUUAGAAACAAAGCACAGCUUUUUAACCUAAGUAGUAGAAAAAAACCACAAUAAAAAUGCUUUAUUUUUAUUGUAACAGCACUGUUGGGAGGGUGCUGAAUUAAUUUAUACAUGUGAAACCCCCUACCUACACAUUAGCCCAGUUUUAUGGACUUCAGUAGUUACUGUUUGUUUCUGUGAUGUAAUUCAAGUCAGCCUUGUUUAUUGCACAGUGUCCCUAAACUAGGUGGAGAACAUCCAAAUUGAAACUAAAAUACUGUUCAAGAGGGCUGCCACCAUGUCUUUAUACCAGUACGGUAUCCUAACUUACCACUUGAAAAUUUGUUUGCACAGGGGCUGUAUAGAAACUCAGUAAAUCCAAAAUUACUUGUGGCCUGCUCAACAUCUAGAAUACAUUAUUACAUACUCUGUGCUACCUUAAAGCUCAGUUCUACAAUUUGUUGAUCAUUCAUUCUCAUUCAUUGAGAAUGAUUUUUUUUUUUUUUAAUUUUUUUUUAGAAUUGGGUGUCUGAGUCCAAAUGUGAAUGUAAGUAAGGGUGGUAUGUAAGACCCAUUCAUGAAAAAGAAAUUCCUGCCUGUAGUUGUACUUCUGAUGCUAUCGCAACUUUUUCUGCUUGAUAAAGCUAGUGUGCUCUCUUUGUAGUUUUGCUUAAACAGGUAAGUAAGUGUUCUUACCCAUCAGCAGCAACUAUGACUUUGAAAUUAUCUGAGCUGAUUUUAUUUGAAAGGGUUGGGAGGUUAUUUGUUUGCACCAAGAUGUGACAUACUUAUUCCAGCCAAGUUAAGAAACCUCUGCAUUCUCAAAUGGUACCAGUUUAGGCUUAGAAAAAUUAAUCUACCAUAAAAAUAAAUGGAUGUGUUCAAGUCAGUAAAAUUAACACGCUUGGAUUUAAUUUUUACUGGUAGAACUGUGGAUAUACUGUAGGCUAAGAUAGUGUUUCUCUACAGUGCGUUAUUUUUUAAGCAACUGUAAUGCAGUUUCAUUAUCUGAGCAGCAUGAGCUGUUGACUGGAAUGGAUGUUUUUAAGAAUUUAAGUCCCUUUUCUGAAAGAAAUUGGUCCCAAGCUUUGCUCGCUGCUUUCAACUUUGAACAUGUUACCUGCUAGGGCUAAGAAGAAAAGUCUGAAUAUGUAACGGUUGGGUUUAAAAUGUAUGCUACAAACUGUUAAACAUUGAUUCCCAAAUGUAAGUUGCAUGACACACUUAAGAUUAGAAUUCUCUGGUGUACAAUACAAGCAGAUGUACAUUUAAUGGGGUCUCUUACAUGUGAAGACAUAUGGAUAUAAAAUGUACUUCAAUCUUGUUUGGCUUGAGUAUUCUCCCAGAAUGUAUGUUCUUACCUCAGCAUGUAUUGUAGUUGCUCAGUAUUUGUAUAUGUUGCUAGAACUUAGACUGUAUAAAUAGUGAGGGGUUUUUAUAUGUAUGUUAAAAAGUAUUUUAAAUAAAUUGUACAUACGUGUUA